CUGAGCGGCGGCGUGAGGCGCGGUGCUGAAAUCGCCAAGGGUUUGAAGCCCAGACCCAGAAAUGAGGAAGGUUCUGUGCGUGGAGCCCGUCAUUUUCAUCUACAUUUUUGCGUCUUCCCUGACGAGCCCGCUAGUGCAGCAGUUCAUCUACCGGCGCCUGUGGGAGCAGGAGUACAACUCUACUUUCGUGAGCGACAGCAAUGUCAGUCACUGCGAGCAGAAUAAGAGCAGCCCGGCUUAUAUCAAACAGAAGGAAGUUCAAGAAAAAGCCUCUGUUUUUAAUAUGCAGUUGGACUUAACUAGAGCCAUUCCCAGCCUUAUAGUUGCCUUUGUCAUUGUAGCUAAUGGGGAUCGCCAGGGACACAAAAGGUCUUUAGUUUUACCAUCAAUGGGAGCUUUGAUUUCUGGUAUUAGCUUGACUGCAAUAUCAUAUUUUUCCUUGUCACUCUCUGUCCUAUUUGCAGUCGCAUUUAUUACUGGACUGUUUGGGAGUAUAGCAACUUUCCUUGGAGGAGGCUUUGCUUACAUAGCAGAGGAGUGCCAUGAUGAGAAGCAGAAAACAACACGAAUAGCUGUAGUGGAUUUGAUUUUUGGAGUUGUAUCUGGAUUGGCAGGACUGUCAUCUGGCUACUUUCUAAGAGGAAUAGGCUUUCCAUGGACAUUUGUGAUAUCAUCUCUGCUCCAUGUCAUUAAUAUCAUCUAUAUUGUAUUUUUUCUGGAAGAUACCGUAGGCAUAUCUCAAUUCCAGCAUGAAGCACCAGUAUCCUGGAAAGAACUUCUUAGGGAGACGUUUUCUGGAGUGUACAUGCUUUUUCAAACUGCCCCUUACAAAAAGAGAAUUUUAAUAAUUGUGUUACUUUUUACAUUUAUGACUUACUUGUUUACUGCGCUGGGUGGCAGUUCACUUUUUACACUGUAUGAACUGGAUGAGCCGCUCUGCUGGAAUGAAGUAUACAUUGGAUAUGGAGCAGCUGCAUCCACUUCCAUCUCGCUGACCAGCUUUUUAGGAGUUUACUUAUUUUCCAAAUGUCUCAAAGACAUUUAUAUUGUCUUUAUUGGGAUGUUUUCUUACAUUGGAGGAAUGAUCAUGGCUGCCUUUGCCAAAACUACUCUGCUCAUGUUUUUAGUGAGAGUGCCAUCUUUGUUCUGCUUUAUGCCUGUUCCUGUUCUCCGAUCCAUGCUGUCAAAAGUGGUUCUCCCUGGUGAACAGGGUGCUGUGUUUGCUUGCAUUGCCUGCUUAGAAGUUGUGACCGGCACAAUGUCAAUUUCAAUUUUUAACAUUCUCUAUGCAACUACUGUUGCAUGGUUUUCAGGCUUUAGCUUUCUCCUAUCAGCAGGCCUUUGUCUAAUUCCACUGUCUGUCCUGUGCUGGCUUCUGUGCACAAGCUGGAAUGGGGAGGACUUGGCUCUGCUGGUACCUGAAGAAGUAUCCAGCUUAGAGAGUGCUGAUAGUUGAACAAAGGAUCCACAUACUCGGGAUUUCUAAUCUGACAUGCAGUGGCAGAGAUAGUUAUGUCACACAGAAACCACAGAGAUAACACAACAGAAUCUCCAACUGGCCCUGCAGAAAUAAGCACUAAAUUGGUACCACUCAAUACCCAGUCUCUUUUUGGCACUUGACUAAAGCUAACUCUUAAUUAUGGAAAUAGGCUGAUAAUUGAGAUUAAUGCUGCUUCAGCAUGAAGGAAAGAAUAAGGUAGGAUGAUACUUUUCCCACUUACCCUUUCUCAAGUUUGAUAAUGUCUGAUGUGGAUUGUGAUAUAUCUUGUAUAACUCUAACUUGGGUGACAAAGAUAAGCUUAGCAACCCAGAGGACACUGGCAAUUCUGCUGAAGCCAUUGCAGCUUGUGCCAGCUGAGGAUGUGGUCCACUGUGUACAUCUUGAACGGCCUGUCUUAACAGUGAAGCCCUCAAACUGUCUAAAAUUACUCAACUAAAAAAUGGGUUUUUUUCAGAAAGCAAACUGGAGACAGUACUUAGACCUGCCAUAAGUACACUUACUGUUCUGCAGCUAGCAGAGUGUUUGUGUAAGUUUAACAUAACAUGUGUGGAUCUUGCCUGUGACUUAGUUCUUGAAAUGGAUUUUCACACAGAACUGUCAGAAAAUUUCCAUCUUGCAGAGUGUGAAGUUCAGCCUAAACCUACAUUUUGCAGAGGCCAUAUUGCACAUUUAUCAUUUUCCAUACAUUAAGGACUCCGUACAGACAUGUUUUGUCCCAGAGAUACUUCUUGUUUUGUAGUUAAGUUGGUACUUAGCUUAAACGUUUCUUUUAGUGAAAAGCUGUGAUAGCACUUCUUAUCUGUAGAUCUUUAUUUUUUUAACAACCCUGAAAUGAGGUGUCAAAAUCAGAAUCAUUAAUCUAGUAAUUUUGCAACAAAUGCAGCAUAAUUUAUGAACAUUUGAACAGCACUUCUAAUCUUCAAAGCACUUUACAAAUGCUAUUCAAAUGUCCUUCCAUAACAGAUACUAUCCUCUCAGUUGCAUAGAGAGAAAUUAACAGAGAGGACAAGUGACAUGCCCAGCGCUCCAGUGCAAACUGGUAAGACUGCCAAACCUAGGAAUCAGUUUCAGCACUGACUCCUCACCUUUUUCCUUAAGAUCUUUAAGUAGAAAUUAUCCUGAGUAUUUGGUUCUGAAAUGCACAGCACAGCAGAAGUGAGAGUAUAACACCAUGUUAAGGACCACUCCCAUCUGCUGAUUUUGUUGAGUUUGACAGCUAAUACUGUUCUGAUCUCUCAAAGUUGUGUGUGACUCUUUUCCCCCAAAACAGAUUAGGUAUAAAAAGCAAAACAACGUAAAGUUUUUGCCAUUUAGAGAAUGAAACCUCUAGAAAAGCAACUACAAUGACUUCACAUGCACACAGCAUAGGAUAAAAAUGCAGACAGGCAUAGCAUGUGCUGUAUAAUUGAUGAGCUGCUUACAGCCACUGAUACCCAUCCUAUGAACAGAGACUCCUGCAGAACUUCCCAGUAGUACUCCACCAAAAACCAGUAAUACCAAAUCAUGAUGAUACUUUUAUAGAUCCUUUGUAACUGAAUGAUUGCAUUCUUUCCAAGUUAUGUAUCAUGAUAACAGAGAAGCCUGGAAGAAGGUUCAAAUAAGUUAAAGGGAGAGCUUACAAUAUUCACGAGACCACUAUCUGCUCAGCACAGGUGAAAACAGGGUCAUUUAUCCAGGCCAGAGGGAAUGUACUAACAUCUCUAGCCAGCUCUUACACUUCUGUCCUGAACUCCCAAGACUGAUGUUGGCAAUUAAAGAUCAUUAGCUUUCUCUCAGUAGUUUAGACAAGAGCCAGAAAAUAAAACUGCUUAAUGCCUUUGAGGUGCCCAAGCCACUGCCAACUUAUUGGUAACAUGAGCCGAGUUCUACAAUAACCAGUGGGUCCAAAACAUAAUGAGUACUUGUAGAGAGAUUAAGAAAACACUGAUGUAAAGGAUUUUAGCACAAACAUUACAUUGUCUUCCUUGCCUCUUCAUUAUGCAGUUAUGUAAGGCUUUAUGAAAUUAACUAUUUCACACAAAACUGCUUGGAAAUAAAAAAACAAAUGCAGAAGGGGCAUUUACCUUCACUUGCUCUUCUUCAGUGCACACCUCUUCUAGUACUUGGAAGCUCACAACAAAGCAAGCCACUUCCACAGUGGUGCUGUGUCAGUCAGUCCAACUGAGGACAAGCCCAUACACCUCAGGAAUGGCUUUGUUAUGAUUUAACUGCACAAAGUACGUGCUGUUUGCAGAGUGUUUCUGGUAGAUGGAGCAUUUAGAACUGGCUAUAAAUUUAGGCCAAAACACAUGGAGGAUAUGAACUGUGUUUUUAAAAUGCCUCGCACAGUGCAAGCUGAGGAACCAAGUACUAAUAUGCAUCAGAUUAUUAAAGCAAAACCUUCUAAGUUUAUAAUAAUUUCUUUAUUUGUAUAUAAAUACAAAUUAUUUUGACAUAAUAAUAAUAAAGUUUGGGUUUUUUAA